AUGGCACCAACGACGCGAAAAAUGGACGCCGGGACCGCGGACGAAUCGUGCAGACGUGCUCGAAUCCUCGCUGCCACUAUACAGUUUUUCACACCACCGACUUUUACCAUUGGGCCGAUGCUGAAGCUUUUGUCGAGCGGUUCAAACGGCGAUCUAGCGGCCAAACCAUCCCACCAGAGCUUUUGUGUCUGCCACUACGACUUUCACCACCCAAUCCCGACCCUGUAUCAAAUCCUGUGGGAGGAAUAUUCUGCCGCAACCCAGCCUGUACAACCCGCUCGGGAAAUCGGUGUUGUGGAGCAGCGGAGCGUGAAGCCGCCCAAGCGAUGCCCUGUCGGCCGCGAGAUCCGUGCAAGGCGCAUCAAGUCAAAGGCGUUUCUGACCACCAUCUAUACACGACACCGAAUUCGGACACACGAACUACACGCAGUCAUGCCCAAUCUGGUGCCUCCGCUGUCCCGACUACUGUCUCUGUCUCUGCCGCUCCUCGUCCUGCGGCACGUCGAAAGGGGCCUCGCGCAAACAAUCAGCCCAGCAUGGCAAGAGCGUAUACUUGCUCAGCAGUCAAUGACAGCCACUGUUCUUGAUUCCAAAUCUCUCAAACUCGAAAUGGAGUCACAGCGGAAGGUCGAAGUCGAGCUCGUUAUUUAUUGGAAGGUUGGAAAUAUUUCGUUACUUUCCCGUUUUCAUUCUUCUGAUAUCUAUGACCAGAAAUCUAUCAAAGCUGCCCGCUUCCCCGUUCCCGUUCCAACCUACCCCAGUAUGAGGCUCGACAACUUCCCCCAUAUCCUCACAAUGCUCACUCUCGGUCCAUCUGAGAUGUUUGACUUGCACGAGAACGGAAAAUGGAAGAUCAUUUCGACUUCCAGCGUCUUCACAGUGGAAACCGGGCGCGCCGUCAUUCUCAAACGACGACCAUCGCUGGACGACGAGUGGGCUGUUAUUGACUGCCCAGGGCUAGACCGGGAGCUUGAGCUCCAACCGGUGUCUCGUCAACCGCCGCAUGCAGCAGUCUCGCCGCGGGGCUCUCCUCGCAAGCGCCGUCUCGAUGAUUUCAGCACAAGUGACCAGCUUCCAUCUAGUCCUUCGAAGGUGGCCAAGACAACCUCCGAGAGCAGCGCUGGCGAUGUCGCCCGACAUCUGGUAGUCAGCGGCAGUCUUGCAACCGGACCAACUAUCCAUGAACGCCUCUUUUCACCGACUCCAAAUGUGACUCCAAUGCAACCAACUCUACCCGUUCCUGCCCCUCCAGCCCAUGCGCGAGAAAAUACCAUAGUGCCCCCACCGGUGACCGCUGUAGCGUCGACACGCACCAUUGCACAUAUUCCUGUCUCGGAAUGGGUCGAUGGCUGGGAGACGAUUAAAGAAUACGAGCGUCAACGACAUCCCAUCUAUCGAUUCAAUAAGAAUGCCUUUCCGGUAGUCUUUAAGAUCCCUUACGUGAAGCCCACAGUUGCCGGCUAUAAAAAACGCUUCAACGAGGUGCCGCAAAAGCUCGUCAACCACUACCUUGCUAUGGGUCGGGUGCCUGAGGCAUCGCUCAAAAGUCUUUUCGCCGAAGCUCAAACCGGUAUUAGCCCGAGGACGAGUGCAUCACUGCCUUCCUCGCUCCCCCCAGUAGCUCCGACUUCCCCAUCUGUCUCACAAGCCACGGCGUCAGUGUUGCCUUCUAGUCGUCUGCCUGCAGUCGUACAGUUACCCGAGCCCCAGGCCACUGAGGUAGCGACCGAACUUGUGUUCGAUGAUGGUCUAGCGGGGUUGGAGCCAUUCGACGAGAGUAUCUUUCAGGAGAUUGUCGAGGCGCCAUUUGGUCGUUGUCCUGUCUGUAAUUUAGCUUACGAGCUCAUUCCUUCGCCAAAGCUGCAUGGGAUGCGGCAACAGUUUGAGCAAGGAGGCAUUUCAGCUGGCGAUUACUGCCAACAACACCGUGAAGAAGCAACGAUAUUACCUUUAGGGCGGGAGCAAGACUGGCCAGAAACAAUUGACUACUUGGCGCUAUAUUCGACGAGUUGCGCAGUGAUCGCUGAGGUAGUCCAGCCACUUCUUGAUGACCCAAGGGCAAGCCCUUUCUUUGAGAAUGCAGUUCUCCGUCGAGAACACGCUGCUGAGUUUCACGGACAUCCCGGAUAUUUCGGAACAAUUGGACUCGCCCAAGUGUCCAAGGCCGUCAAUGACUAUUUCCAGCAAGAUGGGAAUGACAUCGAUGGAACAACGUGCCUGCCACUUCCGGCUUCGACUUUUAUACAUCAAGUCGUCGUUCCGGAGGUGCAAGUUGCGCUGAUCAUGGCGGCGCUCCAUCAAGAUUACGAUGAAGCGCAUCGAACUCUUCUUCUCAGCGAAGACUUUGGUCGUGUCCUACAUUCAACCACCUGCCGGCAAUCCUUCCCCACACUCUCUCCGCUUUCUCCCUCUCUAGACCUUCCGACUAUCUCGUUCGAUGAGCCCGAAUCCAUUGUCGACAAGCCUGAAUCUGAUGCAGCUGGCAACUUAUGCUCGUUCUGCGAUGAACUACUACCAGAGCUCUUGUCUCCGGCAUUGCAACAAAUGCUUGAGCCACUUCUUUUGGCAUCGCUCCCAUUUCCUUUACCCGACAACCCCCAUCAUCGCAACAUAUCAUUCCAGAAGCGGAUGGACUUCUGUUUGCGCCACGAGCUUGAGCGGACAACAUUUCCGACUGCAUAUGCCGAAAAUUGGCCAUUUGCGCCCGAUUUUUCCUCGCUCUUCUCACGGAUCUGUGCACUCAAAGCCAUCCUGGAGGAGCUGGUGGAGGAUAUCGACAACAGUCGAUUUUUCCGCGAAUCUUGUGAUGAUCAUCGUCGCCUUUCGCAAACUCCAAGUAUGGAUCAAGAACUCUCAGAUACGCGAAGAGCGAAGUUUGGGGCAGCAUAUUAUGGAGAGCCUGGAUACGAGAUCGUUUCACUUGCUAUCCAGGCCAUGUUUCCCCGGGACGCAAUCGCUCAUUGA